AUGUCUGUCAUUCUGUGCACAGCCGGCUAUGACCACACCAUCCGCUUCUGGGAGGCCCUCUCGGGCAUCUGCUCCCGCACGAUCCAGCACCCGGACUCGCAGGUGAACCGCCUCUGCAUCUCCCCCGACAAGCGCCUCCUCGCCGUCGCCGGCCACCACGCCGUCAAGGUGUUUGACAUCAAGUCCACGAACCCCAACCCGCUGCUCGUCUUCGAGGGCCACACGGGCAACGUCACCGGCGUUGCCUUCCACUGCGAGAGCAAGUGGAUGGUCACGAGCUCCGAGGACGGCACCGUCAAGAUCUGGGACACGCGCACCGCCGCGAUCCAGCGCAGCUACAGCCACGGCGCACCCGUCAACGACGUCGUCAUCCACCCCAACCAGGGCGAGAUUAUCUCGUGCGACCGCAGCGGCAGCGUCCGCGUGUGGGAUCUGUCGGAGAACAACUGCACGCACGAGCUGAUCCCGGACGGCGACGUGCCCAUGUCCUGCAUCACGAUGGGGAUGGAGGGCUAUCUGCUAUGUGCCGCCAACAACACGGGCAAUGUCUUUAUGUGGCAGCUGCUGCCCACCUACGAGCGCACCAAGCCCGUGCCCAUCACGCAGUUCCGCGCCCACAGCGACUACAUCACCCGUAUCCUGCUGUCGCCCGACGGCAAGCGCCUCGCCACCUGUAGCGCCGACCACACGGCCAAGAUCUGGGAGGUCGACACGCGGCCGCCCGGCCCCGACGAAGAGCCCAAGCCGCUCGUGCUCAACGCCACGCUCAACCAGCACCAGCGCUGGGUGUGGGACUGCGCGUUCAGUGCCGACUCGGCCUACCUGGUGACCGCCUCGUCCGACCACUACGCCCGUCUCUGGGAGCUGCACAGCCAGCAGGUCAUCCGCCAGUACAACGGCCACCACCGUGGCGCUGUCUGCGUCGCCCUCAACGACUACUCGGACACCCGGUGA